AAGUACCUGAAACAGGCAUCGCUGCCAAUCUCAUGCUGCUCCAUGUGAACAAGUACCUGAAACAGGUGUUUGCGCCAAUCUCAUGCCGCUUCAUGUGAACAGGUACCUGAAAUCUCAUGAAGCUCCACCAGCUUCAGAACUAUCAAUAUAUAAACUGAGCAGAAUAGAAUGAUCAUGGAAAUGUCUGACAGCUGGGACUCAGUGCAUUGCAAAAGUUGAUAAUACUAAGCCUAAACCACAAGAGCUAAGGUUUCUCAAAGGAGAUGUUUUUACUAUAAUCAACAAAUGCCACGAUAGAGGCUGGUAUCAUGCCCUACACCAUGCAAGUGGGCUAGAAGGUCUGGUUUCUGCAAGUGCAGUGCGUGAACGUCCACCUAUUAAAAUUGACCAGAGACUCAGUUUGAUGCCUUGGUUCCAUGGGUCUAUUUCUGGGCAUCAGGCUGUCCAACAGCUUCAGUCCAAAGAAGAAGGCGCAUUCUUGUUACGAGAAUCAGUAAGGCACCCUGGAGACUAUGUACUCUGUGUUUCUCACAAUGGCGAAGUAAUACACUACCGGAUUUGUUACCAAGAUGGAAAAUUAAGCAUUGAUCUAAAGAAAACAUUCAGCAACCUUAUAGAUCUAAUUGAGUACUAUAUGGUUAACCAGGGAGUUCUCGCCACUAAGCUAAUGAAACCUAAAACAAAACAAGGAGCAAAGUCAGCAGAAGAGGAACUUGCAAAAGCUGGAUGGUUGCUCAAUGUUCAGCACUUGAUCUUCAGAGAGAAGAUUGGAGAGGGAGAGUUUGGAGAUGUAUUGAAAGGAAUGUAUAUGGGUCAACCAGUAGCCAUUAAGAACAUUAAGUGUGAUGUCACUGCAAAAAACUUUUUGGAAGAAACCACCACAAUGACGCAACUGAAACAUAAAAAUCUGGUGAAUCUCCUGGGAGUUGUCCUCCACAAUGGUCUGUAUCUUGUGAUGGAACUAAUGAGCAAGGGAAAUCUUGUAAGUUAUUUGCGGUCAAGAGGUCGUAAUAAUGUCCCUCUACAGCAACUUCUCCAUUUUUCUGUGGAUAUUGCUCAAGGUAUGGAGUAUCUAGAAGAAAAACGACUGGUACAUCGGGAUUUGGCUGCCCGGAACAUUCUAUUGUCAGAAAAUGUUGAGGCAAAAAUCAGUGACUUUGGUUUAUCCAAAUCUAAGCUUUCACCUGAGGACCUCACCAGGCUUCCUAUCAAGUGGACAGCCCCAGAAGCAUUACUACAUAAUAAAUUCUCAUCUCGGUCCGAUGUAUGGAGUUAUGGGGUACUGUUGUGGGAAAUAUUUUCCUAUGGACGGCCCCCUUAUCCCAAAAUGUCUGUGAGAGAGGUAGUUGAGAAGGUGCCGCAUGGUUAUCGAAUGGAUGCUCCUGAAAAUUGCCAACCUGUUGUGUACACACUAAUGAAGUGUUGCUGGGAAGAUGAUCCAGCCAAACGCCCUUCAUUCAAGAAAUUGAGAGAAAAGUUGGAAAAAAUAGUGAUAGGAAUGUAAACAGUUAGAGCAGAUUUAUCAGCUUACAGUUUUAGCACUAUACAAAGGUUGUCAUUCAUCUUAGCAAUGUACAUCUUCCAGUUUUAUGUUAUUAGGACACUUCAAUGAAUAUAUUGGCCCUUAUUUACUAAGAGUGUUGUGUAGGUUUCUUUGUGGGGUUUAAUUCCCUACUAUUUAUUUUCCACGAUAUUUACUAAGGUUUCCCUAC